AGUGAUACAAAUAAAAGGAUUGUCUUCCACGCCUAUAAUAGAUGGGACUGAGAGACACACGUGAACAGUCGACAACAUGAAGAUUUGGGUUCUUGCGGGCGUCUGCGCCCUUAUCAGCUUUUCGGUCUCUCUAUCUUUACAGUCAGCGGAAUAUUUAGAAGAGGACUUGGAUGACAGAAUAAUUGGCGGCUAUGAAGCGACCCAAGGCAUGUUUAAGUACCAAACCGCCAUCUUCAUCGAGAAUAGGUCUAAUGGAUCCAUGGUUGGAUUCUGCAACGGUGCACUCGUCUCCCCCGACUACGUGCUUACUCUCGCCCAUUGCAUUCCAGAAGAUUUGACAGGUUUGCAAAUUACCGUGUGGUUUGGGGCGCUGAACAUUUCGGCAACAACAGAGAGCGGCCGAGAAAUCAACUCGGUCGAUUUCUUGUUCAUCCACCCAGAAUUCGAUCGCGCAAGCCUCGCCAAUGACAUCGCAGUUCUACAUUUGCAGGAAAGAGUUGCGCCUGCACCAUUUGUUUCGCCAAUUAGAAUGGCUCCACCCUCUGAUGUGAAUGAAACCUAUCAAGGAGAAACAUUGCGAACGUGUGGCUGGGGUGCAAGAAUGGAUCUCGGUGCUCUGACCGAAUUCUCGGAAAUCUUGCAGUACGCUGACAACGUAGGGGAAAACAUCACCGUUUGUGAAAAUUACUACGCAACCACACCUGAAUUCAUCAUUGACGAAACGAAAAUUUGCUUGUCGACGACUGGUGCCCGCGGGCCUUGCAAAAACGACGAGGGAGCGCCGUUGUCAUUUCAGCAAGACAACACAGACACGCUUGUCGGCCUCUUCGCGCUCGGCAACUACACCAACUGCAUCAGGAGUGCCCCCGUGGUUUACACCAGGGUCGCCUCCCACUGGGACUUCAUCACGGACGUCACGGGACUCACCCCGUCGUAGUCCUCGAAUUAAUCGAAUGUAGAUAAAUAAAAAAAAUAAAUCGGUCUUAAAGCAUACUAAA